CGUAACUUCCCAGGUUUCAGGAAACAAGGAAGUUCGGUCCAGUGUGAAUUUUGGACAGACAAAGGUUCAGUUGGCAAACAUGGACCGACUGAACUGGGUCUCUUCUGCGACCAAGAUAAUGAUGUUCGUCAUCUUGGUUCUGUUCUGCCUCGGUUCGACCACAGCGGUUGUUUCUAGGAAGGUUGUUCCUCCACCGCACGACGUUGUCAUCAACCAGAGCCAACUGGUCUGGAACUCCACAGCCAAAAAUGUGACGUUUACUGUCGAGUAUCGCAGCUUCAGCUCUGAUUGGAUACCCAUACAGGCGUGCAGUAACACACCCCUCACCUCCUGUGAUUUUGGUUUGGGCCGAGCCGAGGCAGAAUACGGCUGCGUUCAUGUUCGUGUUGCAGCUCGGACAAACGGAGAAACGUCUGAAUCGGUGGAAGCCUGCAGCAGAGAAGGUGAUGCUUGCACUCCAAACGUCACUCUGACUGCAGCGCCCGGAUCCCUCACAGUUAACCUGAAGAGAGACCACGAUCUGGAUAAGGAACACGCAAGUAACCUGAAACAUCAGAUCUACCUGGGGAAGAAGGGUGGAAAGCUGGAGUUGUACAAAGACUCCGUCUCCUCAGAGUUCAUCGAUGGCUUGGAAGUGGGUGAGCAGUACUGUGUGACGGUGGCGUUUGUUCUUCAUUGGGAGCCCCUCGGGCCAGCCAGCUGUGUGCAGUGUGAGACCAUACCUGGCUUCAGUGGAUCCAAACAGACACAGAUCAUAGUCGUUUCCGUCGUCAUUUCUGGGAUCUUCUUGUUAGUCGGGAUCGCCUACAUCCAGCUCUUCAAAUCCAGGAAAAUCAAACAGCUCCUCCAACCCCCGUACACCAUCCCAUCGUUUUUCCAGGAGCCGCUUUCGGAUCGCAACCGUCCCUUCCUGGCCGUGAGUCCCACUGAGGAACCUUACGAUGUUGUUUCUGGUUUGACUCCAAGGCGGCCCAGAUGAGACUGAGCUGGUCCGUCACCUUCUUAUCGUCCUGCUGCUGCUCUAGAGGAGGUCGGAGGAGGAGUCUGACCUCCAUCACUUCCUGCUGAGAGUGGACACUUUAAGGAAUUAAUCUGCGUUUCACCUGCAUGGAGACUGAGCUGCUGUUUCACAGCAGGAAAAACUGCACAGGUUCUGUAGAAACAGGCCUCCUCCUGCAGCUGUUUGCACUUUUAAAUGUUCAUUUGUGUUAAAAACUAAGAUUAGUUGGACUGGAGCCUCGCCAGGAAGAACACGGACUGGGAUCAGUUGGCCUGAAGGGUCCAUCUGGAUCUAUUUUUACCACUGAGAAGAUUGAUGUUCAGACUGAUCCAGAACCCAACAGAAUUCCUCACCAGUUAAUGUCCAGUUAAUCCAGUAAAAAUUGAAUUAACUCCAUGACCCUGAUUUUAUGUUUGUAGAUUUUAGCUGGGUUCUCCAUUGAAUGUCCCAAGCUGAGGUGGACCGGGCCCCUCAGAGGUUCUGAAUUUUUACUUUGAUGUGUUUGUGUCUCAGUGGUUUUAAUGUUUUGGCUGAUAGUGUUUUAUAAAGUUUAUUAUUAUAAAGUUCAUUUUGCCACAGAAAAAUCACUGAAAUGGAUCCACAGACCAUACUGGAUCAGACUCAGCCGGUCAGAAAUGUUUACCGCUCUGUUCACUGAUGUUUACUCCGAGGGAACAAUGUUCUGUUCCUCUGUCCCAGUGAUCCACGAUCCUGGAAGAUGAACGGGUCGCUUCUCUUCUUUAGAAUCAGGAAGGAGUUUGAGCUGCCUGCCAACCUCCUGUUCCAGCGGACUGAUGGGGAUUACUGGGAUCAAGGGGAGGAUUGGAUCCUGCCAGAGAUUCCCACUAAGUCGGAAGGUCCGACUGCAGAACAUGGAACCAAAUCCAGCUCCCGGCAACCUGCUGAACUGUUUUCUCUGCCGGAUCAAUAAAGUUUUCAAGUCUAAAAGGAUGCGAGCUGCCUACCUGAGACCGUCUGAGUUUUUUCUCUUCUGUGAAUUUUUUGCUCAGGAUUUCAUCGGUGUUGUUGCUAUGGCGACUAACAGAGUGAAAAAUAUAAGAAAUCCUGUGGAAAUCAAAUGUAUUAAUGUCUAAACCCAGGACCAGUGUCGUUCCUUUUCUGUUUUUUUUUUUGGUUUGAUUUGUAAUAAAAAAUAAAAUGUGAAUAAACA